AAAUGGCGUCAGCAGUCGAACACGAACACUAAGGAAUUUUUCAGUGGUGUCUGUGUCUGUGAAUUUAUAUUGGGGGUAAAAAAAACUGUGUGCGUUAUUUUGUUUAUAAAAUUAAUUGCAAAUACGGCACAUUAAUACACAGCGCGUACACACACACCUACACACACCAAUUCAAAAGUGCGCUUAUCAAUGAAUUGAAUUUGAGGCAGCAGCAGCUAGAGAAGCACGCCAACGCCAACGAAGUGAAUUUUUCGAGGGAACGGAAAAAAAUGGCGCCCGCCUUAGCCACAGAAGCAAGUUGACUUUCUUUUCGGUGUGUGUAGUUCGUCGCCGUACUCGUCGCUCGUUUUCGUCGCAUAUUUGUCGCGAUCAAAAAAAAAGUGAAAAAGAAAUAUUGAAAAUUACAUCAAAACGCGCGACGUUGACGAAUCGAAGGAGGCUAGUAUUUUGUACGUGAUUUUGUAUAAAUACAUACAUAUACAUAUAAUACAAAUACAAAUACAAAGCAACAGAAAAGUGCAAUUACAUUUGCGUUUGGAAAUUUUGCGCUUUUUUCUCUUUCGCCUCCCCCUUUUUCUGCUUUGCUUCAUUAUAAUGUGCGCUGCACAGAGCAAUCCGCCCUUCGGCUACGCUUGGAGUUUUGCAGACAACGGCAACCGUGCCGCAGAAUCAGUUUUGGAGAUAUCGCCAAAUAUUAACUACACUGUCGGUGGGGAAUCGAUGCCCUAUCUGUUAUCCACGGAUGGAUCAUUGGCCGUACAAAAGGAUGUUAAAGGUGCACUCACUGCCAGCAAUAAGGGCAAUCUCGUCCGUCGUAUGUUCGUGGUGAACGACACAUUUGCGCCCGGAACACAAAGAGUAAUUACCACAGGCUCCGCAUCGACGGUGGUCAAAAAACAGGACUCUGGUCAACAGGUGUUGAGCAUAAAUUCGCUCGAUAAGAACUAUCUAUUAGUCGAUCCAGCGACAGCGGCAGCGGCUGCGGCUGCAGCAGCAGGUGGUGAUCCAGCGUCAGCUGCACAUCAUCAGCAUACAUUGACAAAUGGCAGCAUUGUUGAUGCCAAAACUGGACAAACCGUAUUGACAACGAGCGCCGCAGCGGCAAAGUCGCAUUUUAGCUCAAUUGGUGCACUGCAUCUCACGCAAGAGGAGUGCAAUGAGAUUCUAAUUAAGCGCGCCAUUGCAGCCGGCCACGGUCACGGUCACCAUCAGACGCACACGCACACACUCACCGCUGGCGACGGAUCGCACCACCACCACCACCAUCAUUCGACGGCGCCAGGCGCAACACCAAGCGGUGCAACAACACUCUUAGGUGACAUACUUCCUGGUAUUUCAGUUCAAGUACAGAAAGUAAUACAAGGACUCGAAGAGAACGAGGACUCACAGGGCGACGCACCCAACUUAAAGUUGGAGCCAGGCACAUUAGAAUUGUCCCCAAAGACCGAACUACAGGAAUCAAUGCAUUUCAGCGAAACCGACGCCACCAUCAAGAAGGAGCGCCCGUACAGUUGUGACGAGUGCGGUAAAUCCUUUCUGCUCAAACAUCAUUUGACAACACACGCACGCGUGCACACAGGUGGUGAACGUCCACAUAUUUGCACCCAUUGCGGCAAGAGUUUUGCGCACAAACAUUGUCUAAAUACACAUCUACUGUUGCACUCCACCGAUCGGCCAUAUCAGUGUCAGGAGUGUAAAAAGAGUUUUACCCUUAAGCAUCAUCUGUUGACGCAUUCACGUGUCCACAGCCGGGAACGGCCAUUUGUUUGCCAGGAGUGCGGACGAUCCUUUCCCCUCAAACGUCACUUGGUGACGCACAGUAAAUUUCACGCCGGCGAACGUCCCUACGUCUGCGAGGAAUGCGGUGAAAGUUUCGCACAGGAGAAUCACCUUAUUAUGCAUUCGCGCUUUCAUGGUUCAUUGAAUCCAUUUGUCUGUGCUGAUUGCGGAGCAUCAUUUCCACGCAAGUUUCAACUGGUUAAUCACGGUCGUAUUCACGGCAAGAUUCCCCACUCCUGUACUGUUUGUGGCAAAGAAUUUCUACAGAAGCGCACACUAGUUUCCCAUAUGAGGCGCGUACAUACCGGAGAGCAGGCGCAUCCGUGCGUGAGCUGCGGCGAGGGAUUCCUCACCAAGGCGGAGCUACAUCAACAUGUGCGUGCAGCGCACAAUGGUGUCAAUCCCAAUACGAGCAGUGCCACCAUAAUAGCCAAUCAACAGCAGAUACAACAGCCACAUCAUCACCCCGGACAUCCGCAGACCAUUACCGUUGUCAGUAAUCCAUCAAACUCCACGCUGCUCACCGUCUCCACAACCGAUGCCAAUGGUGUGGCACGUCCACAAUUUGUUUGCCGCGAGUGUGGAAGCGCGUUUAAUAGCCGGGAGGCGCUUGCCUUGCACUUGAGAUUGCACACGGGCGACAAGAGUCUUAUGACGGAUCUGUGCGCUUUGACAGCCGCGCUGCCUGGUCACUUUUUGAGCACAGCCAGCCUCAAUCCAGGCACGGUGGUCACGGCCAAUCCCAAUCUGGUGGGCCAGAGUCCAGUGCCCGUACAAAUCAUAUCGUCCACCGGUCAGGUGAUGUCACAGACAACGCUGGUGCAGGCCGCCAACUCGACCCACCCGCAAGCCGUUGUCACCGCCGUGCCAACUAUGCCCAUACACGGCCAACAGCAUCUACAGCAUGUGGGCCAGCAGCAGCAGCAGCAACAGCAUGUGGUCACCGUAUCGCCGGCCAAUAAACCCAAAUCGCAUUUCUGCGCCAGCUGCGGCAAGGGAUUCGCUGCCAAGCACGGAUUAAUGCAGCACAAUCGGCGACAUCCAAACGGCGGCUGCACGGUGCGCACCCAUGUCUGCGAGUGUGGAAAGGCAUUCUUCCAAAAGAACCAUCUGAUGCUGCAUCAGCGCCAGCAUUUGGAAACAAAGCCAGCCAUAUCGCAGCAACAGGAGGCCGAUGUGCAGCAGCAGCAGCAACAACAACAGCAACAACAAGCAGCAGCUGCGGCAGCGGCAGCCGGACAACAAUCGGCACAAAUUGAAGUGCAAAUAGUACCCGGUGGACCUGGCAAGGUGAUCAAAUAUGAAAUCUGUCGCAAUGUCCUGCAGGAUGAACAGUCAGCCCAGCAGCAGCAGGGAUCCAUGCAUGCGGAAUAAAUGGGAGACAAGAGAAGAGAAGAAAUGAGAUAUGAUAUCAUCAAGAGCUGCUGACUCAUGUUUUUCUUGUUAUUUUUAAAAGGAAUUUUAUAGAUUUUCCUUAUUUUACUUGUCACUUUUAAAGAGUUUCGAUAGUUUCAAGCAUUUUUGUUCAAAAUUCAAAAUUUCAAAAUUCUUGUAAAUAAAUUUAAUGUAUAAAGCCAACGUGCAAUUAUAAUUGCUAGGCGAAAGGUUGCUCCCCCGAUACACACACACACACACACAUACAUAUGUACACCCACCCACGCACACAAAUAAAUAUAUAUAUAUAUAUAUAUAUAUAUAUAUACAUAAAUAUAACAAUAAUUGUAUGAACAGGGCAGCUUGCAGGCCUCACACACAACCACACAGCUAAAAGAGAAGAGACAAUUGAGCAUAUAAUAAAUAAGCGAUUCCCUUAGUUGUAAUAAUUAAGUUAACGUUUAGCUAUAACUUAAGAACCUAGACAACUAAAUAGUUAACUAGCAUUAUAUAAAUACAUAUAAAUAUAAAUACAUAUGUACAUCAAAUACAUUUAUACAAAAUGCAUACAAAAAUACAUUGUAACUGUAACUCCUGUUAAUUUUUGUGAUGUGUUGGUCGCAUCUAAAACAACAACCUCGAUAAGUUGCAAAAGUUUUUACCCAAUAAUUUUCAAUUAAUAUUAAUACUUUUAAACACAUACAUAAAAAGAACAUAUAUACAGAUAUAAACAAAUAUCGUCUAAUUGUAAACUAUGUAUACAUAUUAACAAAAGUAAAUAAAUAAGCAUUAAACAACUACGUUUAGCUUUAGGCAUAUUAAAUAUAAUAACAGUAAAUACAAUAAUUAUUCUAAUAUUAAAUACGUAAAUCAACAGACAGCACUCAACGACCCAACGAUCGUCUUGUAGGCGUGUUUGUGGGCGUUUGUCCAACCACUUUUCAAGAUUGUACAUAAAAAUACAAGAAAAUCAACCGAAAUUCAACAUGUUGCAUGUUGCAUCUGUAACUGGAAAUUCGCAUAAGCUAUAAGUUAAUGAAAAACAGGUCUAAAGAAAAACAAAAAGAGUAUAUUUCAAGUGUAGCCGGUUCGGUUAGACACCCACGUCGGCAUCGGAACUUGGAGUAGGUGCCUGGCACAAUAACUAAAAAUACUAUAUCUGAAUUAGAAUACAGCAGCAAAAAGGAAUGCAUAAUUAAAGGGAAAAUGAGAAAUGAAAAAAUGAAAAACAUGAAAAAUAAAUAUAUAUGUAGCUGUAAGUUACGUUAGUUGUAUAACAAAUAAUAGACAACACACAACACAUACCUACCAAAAAAUUGGGAAAAAAUUAUAAAAGAAAUAAAAAUUUGCUUAUAGAGACACACACUGUUGCAGAUCCAUCAAUCAAUGCACGCUUUUUGUGGCGAAAACCA